GAAUCUUACCAUUAUAUCUUCAACCGUCUUUCGCCAUCGUUUCCAGACUCCGCCCAGGAUCAUCGCUCACGAUGUGCUUCCACUUUUUAUGAAAAAUGAAAAAGAGUAACUGAUGCAUUUUAUUCAAUAUUAGGUUAAUGUAUUAUUUUUUGUAUUUUACUCAUAUGACUUACGAAAAAAUAUUUACCUCUGAGAAUAAUUGAAUGUAUUGUAUUUCAUAAUUCAUUUCUACGUAAAACUUAGAAUCGUGACUUUUAAGUUUAAGGGUCAACUUUUUUUGUUAAAUACAUAAACGCUUCAGUUAAUUUAUUGUUUCAGUCAUCUGUCAUGCAAACAACAAAAUACUGCUUUCAAUUCCGAGAAACGAAGAAUAUAAUACAAGAUGACAUUAUUUCCAUACGAAGACGCGAAGCCGAUUUCAUUUUUCAAAAUCUUUUCUUUUAAAGUUUUACGCACCCAGAGAGGGUAGUACUUUUUCAUACUUCCCCAACAAUCAAGCUUUUAACUUCCAAUGCAAAUGGCUAAAUCGACGGGUGAAAUAUUGAAGAAACUGCGAGCAGUAAUGAAGAACAAAGCAUACGUUCCCGAAAUCUUCUCAGCUUACAUUGUACCGAGUGGAGACGCUCAUCAGAGUGAGUACAUUGCCCCAUGUGACAGCAGAAGGGAAUUUAUUUCUGGAUUCAGUGGCUCAGCAGGAACAGCUGUAGUGACAGAAAACAAAGCCCUAUUAUGGACAGAUGGUCGCUACUUUUUACAAGCUCAAAAACAGCUUGACAACAAUUGGACUUUAAUGAAAGACGGAAUCAAAGACACUCCAGCUAUAGAAGACUGGAUUGUUAAGGAACUCAAAGCUAAUAGCUUUGUUGGAGCUGAUCCAUGGUUGAUGUCAUUUGAAAAAUGGGAAAACAUAAGAAAGAAACUGAAACAUUACGGAAUAUAUUUGGUGAAGUCAAAUGAAAAUUUGGUGGAUAUCGUCUGGCGAGAAUAUGGCAAACCAGAGAUGCCUAAUGAUUGUGUGUUCAUCCAACCUCUGAGCUAUUCAGGGCAAAAAUGGAAAGAAAAAGUUUUGCGUGUUCAAAGGAAGAUGAAGGAAAAGAGUGUCAUCGCUGUUGUGUUGACAGCUUUAGAUGAAAUAGCAUGGUUGUUUAAUCUACGUGGAUCAGACAUCGCUUACAAUCCGGUGUUUAUGGCUUAUGCAAUUGUCACGUCUAAAGAGGCUUUCUUGUUCAUCGAUGAUUCAAAGCUUAGUGAGGAUAUCUAUGAGCAUUUGGGAAUAGCAGGUGGUAAUCGUCAUUCGGAAGUGACCGUAAAACUAAAAUCAUACGGUGAUCUUGCCCGAGCAGUCGAUCAGUUGGUGAACUUGUCUGAUGGAAAAAUUUGGAUAAGCCGAUCAUCUAGCGCUGCUUUGAACAUGUUAGUUCCCAAGAACAGAAGAGUAGCAGAAAUGUCACCAGUUGCUAGACUCAAGGCGAUCAAGAAUCCUGUCGAAAUUCGUGGAAUGAAAAAUGCUCAUAUAAAAGACGCAACCGCUUUGUGUCAAUUUUUUUGCUGGUUGGAAAAAGAGGUACCAAAAGGAAAACAAACUGAGAUAAGCGCGGCAGAAAAACUGGAAAGUUUUCGACGUGAGCUGGAUGAUUUUGUAAGUCUGAGCUUUGCAACUAUAUCGGCCUCAGGACCCAACGCAGCUAUAAUUCAUUACAGGCCUUCUGAUAGCACAAAUCGCAGACUCACUGUUGACGAAAUGUACUUAUGUGAUUCCGGUGCGCAAUUCAGAGAUGGGACAACAGACGUUACUCGGACGUUUCAUUUUGGAAAGCCAAGUGAUCAUCAAAAGAAAUGUUUCACCCGUGUGCUGAAAGGCCAUAUAGCAUUAGCAAAAGCUGUUUUUCCAAACAAAACAAAAGGUUCUAGAAUUGAUUCAUAUGCAAGGUACAGUCUUUGGGAAGGCGGGUUGGAUUACAGACACGGUACGGGACACGGAGUCGGAGCCUUUCUCAAUGUACAUGAAGGACCUCAAGGGAUUGGGACGCGAACUAAUGACGAACCGCUGGAAGCUGGUGUUUUUGUUUCAGACGAGCCAGGAUAUUAUGAAGAUGGCGCAUUUGGCGUGAGAAUCGAAAGCGUGAUUUUAGUAAUACCGGUGACUUUGGAGAAUAACUUCAUGGGAGGCGGAUUCAUUGGAUUUGAGCCGGUAACUCUGUUUCCGAUACAAACAAAAAUGUUGGUUCCUUCAAUGUUGACUCGUGAUGAGGUUGAUUGGUUAAAUUACUACCACGAGAAAUGCCGUGAAACUAUUGGUCAAGUUCUGCUCGAGCAAGGCAAAAUGGAUGCGCACCGCUGGUUAGUGAAGGAAACUGAGCCUCUGGGUUAAUUUAUUUAAAACGAUGCAAUAAAUAAUGUUCAUAACUAAUUAAUAAAUAUUUUUUACCACCUUUAUAAUUCUUUGCUUGCAAAAAGUCAUUGAUAAAACUAAAAUGGUGGCAAGUUUAGACUUUUUAAGACUAUAAUCUGCAACGUUUCUCGUCAUUUACAGCACUCGUACGAGAAAAUCUCUCAAAUGCAACAAACAAUGCUUUCUUUUCGAAAACCUUGUCUUAUGUACAUUCACAUCAAUAACAUCGAUGUAAUUUGCAUUAUAAAGUAUCGACAAUAUCGAUGUGAUGUGCUUUAAGGUAUUGAUAGAAUCGAUGUAAUUUGCAUUAUAAAGUAUCGGUAAAAUGGAUGUGAUAUGCAAUACCUAAUCUGUAAUAUCGACAACCCAAUAACGGAUACCGAUGAUUCUCUUUCAAUCCGCCAACAUGGACGUAUAAGAGAGAAGAAUAAUCUAUAACCUUAAAAAGGUGUACUUACGGCUUGUGUUGAUUGAUCAUUAAUAAGUGUUAUAUCGAUCUUGAUGGAAUAAAAUGGAUUUCACUACCUUUCCAUUGA